CCAUUCUCCAUUUUGCUUUGAGCUUCCCAAGUGGCCGCCCUCCUUCAAGUCGCUCCAGGAUGAAACUCAUCGUUUGUCUUCUGCUCGGCGCCGUCGCAAGUACAAACGCGGACUAUGAGCCGUCAGGCACCACCGUUUGCCCGUCCCUGUGCACGGACCAAUUCGAACCUGUGUGCGGUUCCGACGGUGUCACGUACUCGAACGAGUGUUAUCUGCUCCUCGCAGACUGCGAAAACUCCGAGAAGAUCACCAAAGCGUACGAUGGAGAGUGCCUCACUGAGACGACGCCGUCCUCGACCGAUGGCAAUGUGGUAUGCAACGACGAGUGCCCCGAGAACUUCAAACCCGUCUGUGGGUCGGACGGUGUAACUUACUCGAACGACUGCACUCUCGAGUAUGCCCAAUGCACGAGUGGUGGUGCCAUCACCAAAGUGUCCGAUGGCGAAUGUUCCACCUCGAGUCCUGGCUGCUCGGACGUGUGUCCCGAGAUACUCAAGCCCGUGUGCGGCUCUGAUGGAGUCACGUACCCGAACGAAUGCUUUCUGGGCAUCGCAGACUGUGAAAGCCCAGAUGAAAUUACUAAAGCCUACGAUGGAGAGUGCCGCUCUGAGACGACGCCGUCCUCAUGCAAUGAUGUGUGCCCUGAGAACUACCAACCUGUGUGUGGGUCGGACGGUGUGACUUACUCGAAUGACUGCACGCUCGAUUAUGCUGAGUGCUCGAGUAAUGGCGCCAUCACUAAAGUGUCCGAUGGAGAAUGUGACAGUGACUGCCCGGACGUGUGUCCCGAGAUACUCCAGCCCGUCUGUGGCUCUGAUGGAGUCACAUACCCGAACGAGUGUUUUCUGCGGCUCGCGGACUGUGAGACCCCAGAGAAGAUUACCCAAGCACACGAAGGAGAGUGCGUCGAUACGACGUCAUGCGUUGAUCAAUGCCCCGCAAUCUACAAACCAGUCUGCGGGUCGGACGGCGUAACUUACUCGAACGACUGUACUCUCGAGUAUGCUCAGUGCACAAGUGACGGUGCCAUCACCAAAGCCUCCGAUGGAGAAUGCUCUGGCUGCUCGGAGGUGUGCAUCGAGCUAUUCGACCCUGUGUGCGGCUCUGAUGGAGUCACGUACUCGAACUCGUGCUUCUUGAAAAUUGCCAACUGCAAGGAUUCCAGCAUCACUCAAGCUCACGAGGGAGCCUGCACUACCGAAGGAGGCUACAAGGGUAACAAUUCGACUGAAUCAAAUCAGGAGACCAAAGGUGGCAAGGAGUCAUCGUCAUGCCCGGACGUUUGCACCUUGAUCUACGCUCCCGUCUGCGGCUCUGACGGAGUCACGUACAGCAACGAGUGCUUGUUGGGCAUCGCUAGCUGCAACCACCCAGAGCUUCACCUCACCAAGGCUUCCGAUGGAGCUUGCUCGCCUGUUGAGUGCAAGACAGAUUACUAGACAAUCCGUGGUGGUAUCAAGUUGCAUAGUGAUCUUGUUCAUGUUUUACAUUAAAAUUUCAAUGUUACUACCCACAACUACGAA